AUGAACGUCACCGAAGUUGAAGUGCAUCGUCGUCCUCAGUUCGUUGAUGACGACGAGGAUCAUCCUGACGGUGACUCACCACCGAUUGAAAUUGGUGCCGGGCAACUGGAUACCCCUGGUACUAAUGCGAAUCCGCUUGCACCGAACAUAACAAUGCCUCAUCCGUCAUCUGGAGAUGUCGAAGGUAGUUUUUCUUGUUACGAAAUAAUGGUCGCAUAA